UCCUCCUUGACCAUCUCAUUAGCGGCGUCUUUGAUCUACAGGCGCGAGAGGCUUUGGGAACGAAAACGAACGAUCUUUGCAUCGGCCGCUUUGGAAUCGUCAGCCAUGAGGGGGAAUCGGUGCGCGGUGCUUGUAGUGGCGUGGGUUCUCCUUUUCGGCAUAGCGAGUCGUGCUGCCGAAGCCGAGGUCCUCACUCUAACGGCCGACACUUUCUCCGACAAGAUAAAGGAGAAGGACACUGCUUGGUUCGUGAAGUUUUGUGUUCCGUGGUGUAAGCACUGUAAAAAUCUGGGGUCGCUGUGGGAGGACCUUGGCAAGGAGAUGGAAGGUGAAGAUGAAAUAGAGAUCGGAGAGGUUGAUUGCGGAACCAAUAAGCCAGUCUGUUCCAAAGUUCACAUUCAUUCUUAUCCUACUUUUAAGGUAUUCUACGAUGGAGAAGAAGUUGCAAAAUAUCAAGGUCCAAGAAAUGUUGAGUCACUUAAAACAUUUGUUCUAGAAGAAGCAGAGAAGGCAGCAGCCAAGGCUCAGCUUGGUGAUGAGCAGGAUUUAUGAUUAGAAGUCAUUGAGUCAUCACAACUUACAACUGGGGGAGACCACCUGCCAUCGGUGAACAGAAAGAUAUUUCGGAGUACUGACACCAGCAGAGCAAUUAUUAUGUACUCUUUUUGAUAUGUUGCCUUCGAUUUCCCUUUUAGUGUGAUGGGCAUUACAGUUGAUAGCUUGCGGAGAAUGUAUAGGAUAGCGAUAAUGAGGCUAUUUUAUAUCUGACCAGUCACAUUAAGUCUUUUUUUCAUUCAUUGUAUCCUCUGAUGUUACCAUUGUUAAUCUGAUACUAGUUUACGAUGAAAAAUUAUUGUAUCUGUACUAGCAAUUGCUUUCAUCUUUUAA